UCAUAAAUUAUUGAAAAUUCAUCAACAUAGUAGUAAUAGUCCUUGUGAAUUAGCUUUAGAAAAAUUAAUAUUUAAAAUAACUAUUAAAAUUUAAAUAAAACAUCAAUAAAAAUGAAUUAUAUUCUUUGUCCAAAUUGUAAUAAACCUCUUCCAAAUGAAGAAAAUCUUUACAAAUUAAGAACAUUAUUGUUAGGGACAACAGUAAUAGGAGGAAUUUUAGGAUGUGCCACACUUCCUUUGUUAGGGUUUGGUUUAGCUGGUAUUUCAGCUGGUUCAUUUGCAGCUUCUUGGCAAGCUUCUAUUGGUUCUGUUGCAGCUGGAUCUUUAUUUGCUACUUUACAAUCUUUGGGAGCUACAGGACUAGGUAUACUUUUAUUUGGAUCAACUGCAGCCGCAUUAAGUUUAUUAACUUCUAUAGCAGCAAACUUAAAUUGGUGCACAUGUAAUCAAAAUGUUUCUUAAUUAUAUUAUUAAAUAUUUUUUUUAUUACUACCCGAUAAAAUUUUAAGUAACUUCUAUAUAAUAUAGUUAAAGGACUUGGUUAGAUGGUGUGUGUGAGUGAGAUUGUGUGUGGAAAGAACUGCGUGCAUUUGAGGUGAUUAUAGGGAAAUAAGAUAAAUAUAUUUAAUAUAGGAUAGGAAAAGGUAAAGCAGGCAGGUUAAAGGCAGAGUAAAUGAAAGUGAAGGAAUGGAUAAAGUAGAAAAGUAAGAAUUCGAAGAUAUAAUUGAGUAAGAAGAUCCCAAAAAGUAAGAGGAUAAGGAAACUGGAAAGGAGGCUAGGAGGAUGGUGAAAAAAAUAGUUAUGUUUAGAAUCAGAGAUUAGAUUAGUUGGACUUCAGCCGCGAGAAAUGAAUUAAAGGAAAGAAAUAAAUUGAAAGAUUUGUAAUAGAAUGAUGAAUUAGAAGUUGAUAUGUAUAAUGUAAAUUGUAAAAUAUAGGAAUGAGAACGAAACUGAUAAAUGUAAAUGUUAAAUGUAACAGUAGGUAUAGAAAAAUAUUUUAAAGCAAAGAUUUUGUAGUAGAAUGAAGAAUUAGAAGUUUAUUGAUGUGUAUAAGUUAAAAUAUAGGAAUGAAAAAUUGAAAAAUGUAGCACAUAUUUGUUUUAAAAAAACGUUUAACAAUUGUUUCUUUGGAACGUUUCAUAACCGACUCUUGAAAACGUUUCUGAGUGGUUAAAAUGUCCACUCGAAAAACGUUUUAAAACACGUUUCUUUUUCAGUGAAAAAACGUUUAAGAAAUAUAAUCAAAAUAUCAUUUUUCCUCUAUCUAGGAAAAAGUUUGUUUUUUUCACAAAAUUAAAUAAAUUAAUUUAUACGAUAAA